AUGGUCCAUGCCAACGGAAACGUCAAGGGUAACACCUUCCUCUUCACCUCCGAGUCUGUCGGUGAGGGUCACCCCGACAAGAUUGCCGACCAGGUUGCUUGCGAGACUGCCACCAAGACCGGUAUGAUCAUGGUCUUCGGUGAAAUCACCACCAAGGCCCGCCUCGACUACCAGAAGAUCAUUCGUCAGGCCAUCAAGGACAUUGGUUACGACAGCUCCGACAAGGGCUUCGACUACAAGACCUGCAACGUCCUCGUUGCCAUUGAGGAGCAGUCGCCCGACAUUGCCCAGGGUCUCCACUACGAGGAGGCUCUUGAGAAGCUCGGUGCUGGUGACCAGGGUAUCAUACCCGACACCAAGACUCAGGUCACCGUUGAGUACGAGCACGACGGCGGUGCCGUCAUCCCCAAGCGCGUCGACACCGUCGUCGUUUCCGCCCAGCACAGCCCCGACAUCACCACUGAGCAGCUCCGCAAGGAGAUCCUCGAGAAGAUCAUCAAGAAGGUCAUCCCCGCCAAGUACCUCGACGACAAGACCGUCUACCACAUCCAGCCCUCAGGCCUCUUCAUCAUUGGUGGUCCCCAGGGUGACGCCGGUCUUACUGGCCGUAAGAUCAUUGUCGACACCUACGGUGGUUGGGGUGCCCACGGUGGUGGUGCUUUCUCCGGAAAGGAUUACUCCAAGGUCGACCGUUCCGCUGCCUACCUCUCCCGCUGGAUCGCCAAGUCCCUGGUCAAGGCUGGUCUCGCUCGCCGCUGUCUCGUCCAGCUCUCCUACGCCAUUGGUGUUGCCGAGCCUCUUUCGCUCUUCGUCGAGUCCUACGGUACCUCUGACAAGUCUUCUGACGAGCUUGUCGAGAUCAUCCGCAAGAACUUCGACCUCCGUCCCGGUGUCAUUGUCAAGGAGCUCAACCUCACCAACCCCAUCUACAACCGUACUGCCAAGAACGGUCACUUCAGCGACCAGACCUUCACCUGGGAGCAGCCCAAGGAGCUCAAGUUCUAA